AUGAAGCUUGGAUUUCGAAGAAUUCUAGCGCAGCAAAAAACAAUUGUCAAGAGAAAUUUGUCAAUUGUGCCGAUUGAAGAUCAUCUUUUCGGAGUUUCGGAAGAGCAGUCGGCGAUUCGGGAGAAUUUUCGGAACUUCUUCGAAAGCGAACUUACCCAACAAAGAUGUCGUGAAAUCGAUGAAACGGAUUCCUUCCCCGAGUACCGCGAAUUCUGGCGAAAAUGCGGCGAGCAAGGCGUCUUGGGAACCCUUUCUGCGGAAGAAUUCGGCGGAACUGGAAUGGGUCUUUUCGAAACAUCCCUUAUGCUCGAGGAGUUGUCGCGCAUAUCGGGCGGCGUCUACAUGGGAAUCUUUGCGCACACAUGUCUCUCCUCCUAUGUCAUCGAAAAAAACGGUUCUCCGGAGCAGAAAGCCAAGUUUUUGCCUGGAUUGGUUUCUGGUCAGACUAUUGGUGCCCUGGCCAUGUCUGAGCCCGGAUCUGGCUCCGAUGUGAUGUCCAUGCGAUGCCAAGCGGUUAAACAGCCAGGAACAGACUACUACAUCGUGAACGGCACGAAAUUCUGGAUCACAAACGGUCCUAUUUGCGACACACUCGUCCUCUACGCUCGAACAGAUCCAAGUUCCAAAGGCAGCAAGAGUAUCACCGCCUUUGCGAUCGACGUCCGCGACUUGGAAGGCUUCACAGCGACUGCGAUUCCUGGCAAAAUGGGCGUCAGAGGCAGCUACACGGGAGAGCUCCAUUUCGACAAUGUCAAAAUCCCCGCUUCUUCCGUCCUGGGCGCUGAAGGACGAGGAGCAGCGGUACUGAUGAAGGGCUUGAAUGUCGAGCGACUGACUGGAGCUGCUGGAGCGGUCGGAUACAUGCAAGCUGCUUGCGAUUGCGCGUUUCCUUACGCGCAUGAGAGGAAGCAAUUUGGAGUGCCGAUUGGGGAGUUUCAGAUGAUGCAGAGUAAAAUGGCGGAAAUGUACGCUCAGCUGAGCGCAACUCGAGCAUACUUGUAUGCCCUACUGAAGGCGGCUGAUAGGGAUCAAAGAACGCUGACAAAUCACGAUUGUGCUGCUGUUCUAAUGUACGGCGCCGAACAAGCAACAAAAGUCGCCCUAGAAGCUAUCCAAAUCCUCGGUGGCAAUGGCUACACAAACGCAUAUCCUUCUGAGCGAAUCAUGCGAGACUGCAAAAUCGGAGAAAUCGGCGCUGGAACGACGGAAGUUCGAAAACUCAUUCUCGGUCGCCAUUUUAACGCUUUGUACAAAAAUAACUAA